GAUGUAAGCUGGCCCGGAGGCGGGAGGCGUUCCCCAGCGGCCGGCCGCUUGCCUGCCGGGUGCCCGCUGACCGGGGCUGUGUGUGUCUGUGUGUGUUCUCCCGGCAGGGCUCGCCGCUUUUCGCCCGCGCUGAGCCUGCCGCGAGCGGCCGCCGGCAGCCAUGCCGAGCCAUAAGGAGACGCGGGUGCUGCACCUCAACGAGAUGGAGAAGCUGGACAAGACCCUCUUCAGGCUGGAGCAAGGGUUUGAACUCCAGUUUCGAUUGGGCCCAACUCUUCAAGGCAAGCAUGUUACUGUGUGUACAAACUAUCCAGCUUCUGGAGAAGUAUUUGAUCGCCACAAGUUCAGAACAUUAUCAUGGCACAAUCCCACAGGAAAAGAGGAUGACUCUGACAAAUAUUGCAAGUUAGAUCUCCAAAUUUCUGGGUCCUAUCAGUACUAUUUUAGUCUUGGAAAUGAGAAAAGUGGUGGAGGUUACAUAGUUGUGGAUCCUAUUCUGCGUGUUGGAGCCGAUAACCAUGUGUUGCCUUUGGACUGUGUUACACUCCAGACAUUCCUCGCUAAGUGUCUGGGACCAUUCCAUGAAUGGGAAAAUAGGCUUAAAGUUGCAAAAGAAACAGGUUACAACAUGAUCCAUUUUACACCAUUGCAGAAGCUUGGACUGUCUAGAUCAUGCUAUUCACUGGCUGAUCAGUUAGAAGUUAAUCCUGAAUUUUCAAGCCAUAACAAAAAAUGCACGUGGAAUGAUAUAGGAGCUCUUGUGGAAAAAAUGAAAAAUGAAUGGAAUAUGCUUUGCAUCACAGAUGUAGUCUACAAUCAUACUGCUGCUAACAGCGAGUGGCUCAGGAUGCAUCCAGAAUGUGGCUACAACCUUGUAAAUUCUCCUCACCUGAAGCCAGCCUGGGUCUUAGACAGAGCUCUGUGGCACCUGAGCUGUAUGGUGGCUGAUGGAAGGUGUAUUGAUAAAGGAGUCCCUCCCUUGAUAGAAAAUGAUCAUCACCUGAAUUGUAUCCGUAAAAUCAUUUGGGAAGAUAUAUAUCCAAAAAUUAAACUGUGGGAAUUUUUCCAAGUGGAUGUUAAUAAAGCUGUGCAGCAAUUUAGAACCCUUCUAACUAAAGGCAAAAUAGGCACUAAGUCUGAUCCGAAUCAACAUCUUCAAAUAGUUCAAGACCCUGAUUAUAGACGAUUUGGUUGUACUGUAGAUAUGAACAUAGCACUGGCAACGUUCAUACCACACAGCAAUGGACCAGGUGCAAUAGAAGAAUGUUGUAACUGGUUUCGCAAGAGAAUUGAGGAACUGAAUGCUGAGCAAUACAGGCAGAUUCAUCAUCAUCAAGAGCAGGCUGUCAACUGUCUUGCAGGAACGGUGGUGUAUGAACGUCUGGCUGGUCAUGGUCCUAAACUAGGCCCUAUCAGUAGAAAAUAUCCUUUAGUUACCAGGUAUUUUACUUAUCCAUUCAAAGACCUGACUGUGGAGGAAGAACAAAGUAUGAUGCAUCAGCCAGAUAAAGCUUGUUAUUUCAUGGCCCAUAACGGAUGGGUUAUGGGUGAUGAUCCUCUUAGAAACUUUGCAGAACCAGGUUCAAAUGUGUACUUGAGAAGAGAGCUUAUUUGCUGGGGAGACAGUGUGAAACUGCGGUAUGGUAACAAACCCGAAGACUGCCCGUACCUCUGGGCACAUAUGAAAAAAUACACUGAAAUCACUGCCAAAUAUUUCCAUGGUGUUCGUCUUGACAACUGUCACUCAACACCUAUUCAUGUAGCUGAGUACAUGCUGGACACAGCUAGAAAAUUGCGAGCUGAUUUGUUUGUAGUGGCUGAACUGUUCACAGGAAAUGAGGAGCUGGACAAUAUCUUUGUGAAUAGUCUGGGCAUUACCUCCUUAAUAAGAGAGGCCAUGACAGCUUAUAAUAGCCAUGAAGAGGGAAGGCUGGUUUAUCGUUUUGGAGGUGAGCCUGUUGGCUCUUUUGUUCAGCCACGUUUGCGGCCUUUGGUGCCAGGAAUAGCGCAUGCGCUCUUCAUGGAUAUUACACAUGACAAUGAGUGUCCAAUUCAGCACCGAUCUGCGUAUGAUGCACUUCCAAGUGCAAUGAUUGUUUCCAUGGCGUGUUGUGCUACGGGAAGCACCAAAGGUUAUGAUGAACUAGUACCACACCAGAUUUCCGUAGUAUCUGAAGAGAGAUUUUAUUCAAACUGGAAUCCACAAGCACACCUGAAUUCUGGUGAAGUUAAUUUCCAGACAGGAAUUCUAGCUGGAAGGCUAGCCAUGAACAGACUGCAUCAGGAGCUGGGAACUAAAGGCUUCAAUCAGGUGUAUGUAGAUCAAGUUGAUGAAGAUAUAGUGGCAGUGACACGACAUUGCCCUAACACCCACCAGUCUGUUGUGGCUGUAAGCAGAACUGCUUUCAGGGAUCCAAAGACUUCCUUCUACAGUAAAGAAGUACCUGAAAUGUGUAUCCCAGGAAAAAUUGAAGAAGUAGUAUUUGAGGCUAGAACUAUAGAGAAAAGCACUAGUCCUUACAAAAAAGAUGAACAUUUCAUAAAUGGAUUGCCUAAUUUCACAGUGGACCUCAGAGAGCAUAUCCAGAUUAAAGACAGUAAAAUUAUAAAGCAAGCUGGAACUGCCAUAAAAGGGCCAAAUGAAUUUGUCCAAGAAAUAGAAUUUGAAAAUUUAACACCAGGAAGUGUAAUAGUAUUCAGAGUUAGUCUUGAUCCAAAGGCACAAGAAGCUGUUGGUGUACUUCGCAAUCAUCUGAUUCAGUUCAGUCCUCACUUUAAAUCUGGGAGUCUUCCUGAUGAUCAUUCAGCACCUAUAUUAAAAACAUUAUUUUCUUCAAUUGCAUCUAAACUAACUUUGGCUGACUUAAAUCAAGUGCUGUAUAGGUGUGAGUCAGAAGAACAAGAAGAUGGUGGAGGUUGUUACAAUAUACCAAACUGGUCAUCCCUGAAGUAUGCAGGUCUCCAAGGGUUAAUGUCAGUAAUGGCAGACAUUAGACCAAAGAAUGAUCUGGGACAUCCAUUCUGUAAUAAUUUAAGAUCUGGAGACUGGAUGAUCGAUUAUGUCAGUAAUCGUCUGAUUUCACGUGCAGGAGCCUGUGCAGAAGUUGGUAAAUGGUUGAAGGCCAUGUUUGUGUAUUUGAAGAAAAUUCCACGUUACCUUAUUCCAUGUUACUUUGAUGCCAUUUUAGUGGGUGCAUACACAACUCUUCUGGAUGUGGGAUGGCAUCAGAUGUCUAGCUUUGUGCAGAAUGGAUCAACAUUUGUUAAACACCUUUCCCUGGGCUCAAUCCAGAUGUGUGGGAUAGGAAAAUAUGCAUGUCUGCCAGAUCUGUCUCCUUCCUUACAUGAUGUUCCCUAUAGGCUGAAUGAGAUUACAAAUAAGAAAGAACAGUGCUGUGUUACUUUAGCAGCUGGUUUACCUCACUUCUCUUCUGGAAUCUUCCGUUCUUGGGGAAGGGACACCUUUAUUGCACUUAGAGGCCUAAUGUUACUUACGGGACGUUAUAUAGAAGCAAGAAACAUAAUUCUGGCAUUUGGUGGGACUUUAAGACAUGGUCUCAUUCCUAACCUGCUUGGCCAAGGAACACAUGCCAGAUACAACUGCCGUGAUGCUGUAUGGUGGUGGCUUCAGUGUAUCCAGGACUACUGUAAGAUUGUUCCAAAUGGAUUAGACAUUCUCAGGUGUCCCGUUUCUAGGAUGUACCCAAGAGAUGAUUCUUCUCCUCAGCCUGCAGGCACUGUGGAUCAGCCACUCUAUGAAGUAAUACAGGAGGCAAUGCAACGACACAUGGAAGGCAUAAGUUUCAGAGAAAGAAAUGCUGGUCCACAAAUAGAUCAAAACAUGAGAGAUGAAGGUUUUAAUAUAAUAGCGGGUGUUGACCGUGAAACUGGCUUUGUCUUCGGAGGGAACCGCUUCAAUUGCGGCACUUGGAUGGAUAAAAUGGGAGAGAGCGACAGAGCUCGCAACAAAGGAAUCCCUGCUACUCCAAGAGAUGGCUCUGCUGUGGAGAUUGUUGGCUUGUGCAAGUCGGCUGUUCGCUGGUUGCUGGAUUUGUCUAGGAAAAAUGAAUAUCCGUUCCAUGGCGUCACCAUAAAAAAAUACGGAAAGGAGGAGACCAUCACAUAUGAUGAAUGGAACAGAAAAAUUCAAGGACACUUUGAAAGACUCUUCUUUGUCUCUGAGAACCCUGCAGAUCAAAAUGAAAAACAUCCAAAUCUAGUUCACAAACGUGGGAUUUAUAAAGACAGCUAUGGAGCUUCAAGUCCAUGGUGUGAUUACCAACUCAGGCCAAAUUUUACCAUAGCAAUGGUCGUGGCCCCUGAGUUGUUCACACCUGAGAGAGCUUGGAAAGCUCUGAGGAUAGCAGAGGAAAAACUACUUGGUCCAUUGGGCAUGAAAACUUUAGAUCCAGAUGAUAUGGUGUACUGCGGAGUAUAUGAUAAUGCUCUUGACAAUGACAACUAUAAUGUAGCCAGAGGUUUUAAUUACCACCAAGGGCCUGAAUGGGUAUGGCCGAUUGGAUAUUUUCUUCGUGCCAAAUUGUACUUCUCAAAAUUGAUUGGUCCAGAGAUAUAUGCAAAAACUGUGGUUAUGAUAAAGAACGUCCUUUCUCGCCACUAUGUUCACCUUGAAAGAUCAUCCUGGAAAGGGCUCCCAGAACUGACCAAUGAAAAUGGGCAGUAUUGUCCUUUUAGCUGUGAAACUCAGGCCUGGUCGAUUAGUGUUAUCCUUGAAAUUCUUUAUGACUUGUAGAAGUUUAUUUUGAUUGAUUUUUUUUUUUUUUUUUUUUUUUUUCAUGAAACUUCUGUGGUCUUGUCAUCACGGGGCAUAAAUGAACAUUUUGCUUACAUAGCAACAGAAAUGUCCUGCUUGCACUAUCACUUAAACUGCAUCUGGACUAGAAAAAAUGCUGAUAGUCACUGGCUCCUAUGCUGACUAAUUAUGCACAAACUUACUUUAGGUAGCUAUGAUUUUUAGACUUGUCAAAUCAAAAUCUUACACGUAGCAAACUGGAGUGGUUCUUUACUGAGCUGAAUGUAUGAGGAAGAGUGCUCGUGUUUUGUUUUUGUUUUUUUUUCUUUGUCUGUUUAAGAUUAAAUGGAUGUUUGCAAAUGCACGGUUAAAGACAAACCUUUUUGAAUUUGGUAUGCAUUGAGCUACAGCACCGUACAUUAAUAAAGGCAGACUACUUUGUCUGUUCAACUGCAUUAGGGAUGGGCUUUUUGUACGUGUUCAGCUGAACGCUCCAUCAUGCAACUACAGAAAGAAGAUUACACAUGUGAACUUUUGCAGUUAAAUAUAUAUUUUAAAAAUCUUAAACUACUCUUGAGUUAACUCUUGAGCAGUGAUGAGGUAUCCUGUGAUAAUCCACUGAUAAAUUGAUUUAUAUGCUGUGGGCCAAGCAGCAAACAUUUCAACAUUUCUUAAUUUAAAUCUGUUUUUCACUAUAAGAACAUAAGAAACAUGCAUGUGCAUAAAAUGCACUGCCUGCAUGUCGAAGAUGGCUACAUAUCUUCUGUUACUGAAGAUACAUGGUCACUUCAGUCCUUGAUUCUUAGUAAAAUCCUGGCUCUGAAGCAAGUGGAGUUAAGGUCAGUAGGAAAAGAUAUUAACCUACCCCUGGAGAAAAUGAGGUUUCUAGACCUCUUUAAAUGUAACCAGUAAGAAUAAGCAAGCUAACUGUAUGUAGUUGUUCACUAUAAGCUAUUCCCAAACAAGUUGCAACACACAUACGUUAUUAAUUAUUUUGACACCCUUACUGACUUCUGUUCAUUGUUCCUAGUCUGAGGGGGUGUGUGGCAGAAGUGCAGCAGAAAUUACCAUCUCUCUGGUGAUUAACGACAAAAACAGGCAGAAGGUUACACUGCUUCUUUUAUGAUAAAGGGAAAGAGCAAAAUUGAUGAUGUAUUUCUUGCUGUUGAACAACAUUCUGAAAAUAAAAUAUACACAGGAUGUAAUUGAAACAAACUAUUAUAGGAAAAUAUUUUAUCUGUGUUUUAAGUUUGUUUAUGCUGUCUGAAGUAGAGUACAGGUGUGCUGCCUUCAUCAGGGAGAUGUUCCAGAUGGAUUUAAGGGCAAGUUAGACUGAGGACAAAUGAACUGUAAGAGCUGGCUAUAUUUGCACUUUGAAAGGUUAAUAAACUUAUGAACUCCCUUGCCAAA